UUAUGCAUUUUACUUAUUUUCCUUCCUUACAAUUAAUCUUUUUUCUUUCUUCGAAGUUCAGGAGACUUCAUUUAACAGCUUCUGUUCUAGGUUGGCUAUGGACUGCUUUCGUUUAUACUGCCAUGGUUAAUUAUCCGACUGAGGCUAAUUUCUUGAAGCCAUUACCUGCUUAUCCCGUGCAGCAGAUAUGCAAGAUAAUUGAUAAAUAUCCAUCAGGAGCAACAAAGCUUAGCCGGGCUUUCGCAGCAGCAAGCUUAUAUUACAACUAUUCUCAAACAGAAAAUUGCUUUGAGGUAGAACAUGAAGUUAACACUCACGGCCUUCAUGGUUGGGACUGGCAGACAUGCACAGAGAUGGUUAUGCCCAUGACUUGCUCUAGUGAAAGCAUGUUUCCUCAAACUGGCUUUGAUUAUAAAAUGUUUGCAGAACAAUGCCAAAUGAAAUACGGAGUUUCGCCUCGACAACAUUGGAUCACAACUGAAUUUGGUGGCGAAAGACUUGAGAAAGUACUGAAGAUAUUUGGUAGCAAUUUCAAUCAUAAUGAAACUGAUCUAUGA